UAAAUAGCAAUGUGACAACGUGAGAGGAUUAUUAUUCUUAGUGAAUCGAUUCUCCUGACUCACUGAAAAGAGUCGUUCUUAAAAGAACCGAACGUUGAUAACUGUUUUUUUUAACAGCUGGGGAAGUCCACUGUGUUUUCACGGAAGAGACGUGGAGGCACUAUUAUUCCUUUCCUUCUUCUUCUUCGUCAUCUUCAUCUUGUUAUUAUUACUAACAUUAGACUUUUUAUUGGAUCUUAAGCAGUGUUUUCUGACCGUCCUUUCUUGAUGUUUUGCUCAGGACUGAAAGCGAAUACAGAGAAAAGCUCGUUUGUUUUUUGUUCUAACACGCCUAUACACCCUGCGACAUGCAAAGAGUUACGACCCAUUUGUGUUUAAAAGUGUCGUAAACGAAUUGAAACACCCGGAAACGUCGACAAACGUGACCAAGUUUUGAGAAACGUCUUCAUUCUACAGAGAAGAAGAAGAAGAAGAAGAGACGACGAAGAAGAAUUGAUCCACAUUCUAUGAUUUAGAGCAGAAGAAGAAGUGGACCAGGAAAAGCUACAAUUCUGAUUCAAUGGGUUCCAAAAGCAGAGAGAAACUUCAGGAGCAGCUGGGCGAGUACAUCUUAGAUACUGUCAAAUACAUUGAAACAGUAAAGGAGUUUUGUGACGGAGAAUCAAAAUGGACCUUACAGAGAGAGACCGAGCUCGAUAUGAUGAGAGACAUCAAAGACCAGGCCGAUCAGAUCACUCUGAAGUUUGACCAUGUUCAGAAGGCUGAGAACAAGGCCAAGGCUUUUGGAGAGUACAUGUGGAGUGGCCUGACUCAGGUUACAGCAGAUUCCAGAAGGCAGGAGCUGGAGAAGGAGCUAGGAGAAGUUCUGAAGAACACUUUAGAAGGACUGGAGAAACUCCAACACUUCCUGAUUGCAGUGGAGAAGCUAGCCGUCACCUCACUGUUUGUGUUCGUGGGCGAGAGCUUCAUGCCAAAGGGUGUGAGCUCCAUGUCCGUACGUUCAGUGAUCUCUGCAGCCAGAAUCGUGUCUCCACUCCUCAUCCACUUCAAGAGAGAUGCAGGAGCGUUCUUCCUGCCGAGCCUCAGCAAUGUGGAAGUCCUGGCCAUCCAGCUGGACAAAUACAUCCGCAUCACUCAGCAGAUCUGUGAGAAGAUGGAGAAAAAAUCCAAGAGCAUUUCAUGUUAUGGUGAUAUUCAUAAUUAGAGAACAUGGCGGAAGGCAGCGACGGCGCGCGGGAGAAUUUCCAACCUUCCAAGAGGACCAAAUCCCAAGUGUGGUCAUAUUUUGAAUUUUUUAAAGAUGCUGAGGGAAACUUAAUAGAAGAUGGAAACCCUGUCUGCAUAGCUUGCCAGAAGAAAGUUUAUGUGAAAGGAGGUUUUGGCGCUUCGUUUGGUGCUUUUCCCUUUUUUCCCAAUCGCUUUUAAAU